UAAAGACCACCUGCGGUCACAUCAAAGCAGACAUUCUAUUUAAUUUUGGGGGAUUUCACGUUAACCAAGUGGCCUGCCUUAUCAGUUUGUUAUUUAAUCCUUUGAAUUGCGUCGUUUUAGUGCAGUAAGCAGAUGCAAAAUGGUGUACCUUAACUUUGUGUUUGGCCUUGGCGUGGUUUUGGCGGCAGCUGCAGCGGCUGUUUACUUUAGCUGGCCGAACUACCCGCAGGCGGCCCCUCAUCGCCAAACGCCUAGGAAUCGCAGGGAUGAGGACAAAGAGUUCGACCAGGGUGCCAGAUUGCAUCGGAACUUCAGGGACCAGCGUUUGCGGCGCAGCGUGCCGGGCGACAGGUGCCCCGUGUGUCUACUGAAUAUGGAGCAGAGAGACAUGCACCACAUGAAGUGCGGCCAUGCCCUGGACAACGCCUGUUUCGAGGAUUAUCGCUACCUGCGCAGAAACUGUCCGCUCUGCAACCAGACGGUUAAUCUCAGCCUGCCCGGCGACAGUUGCUCGAUUUGCUUUGAUCCUCUCGAGAAAAACAAUAUGGUGCAUCUGCGCUGCCAGCACGCACUGCAUAGCGAAUGUUUCCAGCAGUUCAUGAACAGCGGAGCAAAGACCUGCCCGCUCUGCAGGGAGCAAUUGUAGGAGCCACAAAUUUCGUUCAGAGCUCUGCAAUCAGAUAUAUAUUUCAACUAAUGAUGGCUCCCCAAAAAGAAAUUUAAGGAACCACAUAUAUUAUCAGCAGAAGCAAGUGAUAUACGCUUGGUGCACAACAAUUUUUUAUCAACCAACAAAAAAAAAUAGAUAAGCAAUCGAAUGAAGUCUGUCUUAGCGUGUAAUUGUCAAACGUUUUGUUAAAUAAACAACAUAAAAUGCCUUA